AAGAAGAUUUUUUUAAAGAAAAUGGCUAAUUUAAAACUUAUAGCCACCAUGUCCAAUUCCAUUAUUUCUACUACAUAUUUUGUCCCUUCAACUCUUUGUAUCUCUAGAGCUUUUGUUAGUCCCACAAGACCUAAUGAAAUUGCAAAAAUUGAUAAAGAGACAGUCCAAAAAAUAAAAGAAGCAGCAGUAGCAGUGAAGGAAGGUGCACAAGAAGUAAAAAGUGUGGGGGAUUCUCUCAAAGAGACUAUCUCUUCUAGUGCUGGAAAUGUAAUUUCAGAGAUGUCCAAGAAAGUAUUAGACAAGGCUACAGAGAAUGAAGAAAAGAGUACAUGGGAAACUAUCAAGGAAAAAGUCACUGGCAAGUGAUUUAUAUAUAAGUUUCAUCAUUUGACUGUCUUGACAUCCAUUUAAUAACUU